AUUCAUUCUCUAUUUCUCAUUGUAACAAGGUUUAUUCGCAACCUUUCAUACAAAUCGUCUAUCACAAGCUGGAAUGUUAGUUGUGCAAUUGUGUCAGAAAGUUUUCUGAAUAGUGUCUCAUGUUCCGAUAGUUCCGUGUCAUGCGAGCGAUUUAUCUCUGAAUUUAUUGAAUUUCAAUUCUAACUUUCAAUACCCCGAUCCAAGUGGUUCUUCAACAAAAGUGUGAAGACUGAUCAGUCAACUUUACUUGAUUCAAAUAUUUUGUUGAAAAAUGGCUUUAAAAAAUGUUGAUUUCAAAAAACGUUUUCAUUGUCUGGCUGAGAAUGACUUGAACAGCGACUGUGACUUUAUUGUUGGUCCACAGGAAACAAUCAUCAGAGGACAUAAAUUGAUUUUUUCCACAGCAAGUGAGGUGUUUCAAUCUAUGUUCUUCGGUGAUCUAAGAGAAGAAAAGCAAGUUCGGAUUGAAGAUUUGGAUGAAGACGGAUUCAGAGUUCAACCUCUUGCUGCAGUAAGGGUUUGACCUUUGAGCUCGGUGGCUCUUCAAAGAACUUUCCUUAUUCCAAGACACAGAUCAAACACAGUUAUUAUAGAAGAUGUUCAAAGAUCACGAAUCAGUACUUGCAAUCACACGAAGUAUCUCUUCAAGUUUCUUCGAUCUGCUAUAGAAAUUAAUUGGCAAUAGAUCACUAGCAACAAUAAUGCAGAAAAUAGAAGUUUUCCUACUCUUCCUGAAACUAUUAACAGCAGCUAUCCUGAUACCACAGGGGUGCCUGUGCCUGAAGCUGUUGCGGGUGGGAGUGCCCCAGUACAAGUUGAGGGGAGAGCUGGCAGUGUUGGAGUGCCAUUACGAGCUGGAAGGUGACUCUCUGUACGCAGUCAAAUGGUACAAGGAGAACGAGGAGUUCUAUCGCUAUGUACCCAAGUCAAAUCCGCCUCAGAGCUCCUACCGGGUUGAUGGCAUCAAAGUUGAUCAUCAACUGUCGGACUACAAGCAGGUGGCCCUGAGGAGCGUGAACCUCAAGUCAAGCGGAGUGUACCGGUGUGAGGUCUCCGCUGAGGCGCCAUCUUUCGCUAGUGCCCAGAGUGAGGGACGCAUGGAGGUUCUAUUUCUCCCAACAAGUGGACCCCUGAUAACCGGGGAAGAAAAGCAGUACCAGAUAGGCGAUGAGAUCAACUUAAACUGCACGUCUGGGAAGUCUUUCCCAGCCUCCGUACUGCACUGGUUCAUCAAUGAUCAGAAGGUGAGCAACUCUCGCAACCUGAUCCACCACAAGGAGCUGGUGCAUCAGCACGGCCUGGUGACGUCAUCGCUGGGCCUGCGACUUCCGGUCACCACCGACCACUUCCGGAAUGGCUCAAUGCGCGUGCGCUGUGUAGCGAGUCUGUCGCCGGUGCUCUGGCAGGGCGACAAGGAGAGUGUCGUCCAGCGAUCGCCGCUGCCUGUCUACGAGAAUCGCGAAGCGUUGCUGCUUGUUCGAGCCUCAGGGAGCUCCUUCGUGCCAUCAGCAAACUUCAUAUGGCCACUGAUGACAUCUUUGCUUCUACUAAGAACAUGACUGUUAUCACUUUUUUAAGGUGGUGUGAGUGUGAAAAGAGUGUUGCUGAGAGUGAAAAUAUAGUGAAACUCAAAGACAAAGAAGCUAUUUUCCCAGAAGUAGUGUUUCCCAGGAAAAAACAUUUGAACGUGCAGGUAAAAGGCUGAUUACUCUUUUUUUAAUGCUUCUACCAUUAAAAACGUUACAAUCUCCAAGAUUCCAAAGUGAUCUAUUUUAAAGUGAAUAUCCCUUGUCCCUAUUAAAUGUGGCUUUUAAUUUCAAUAUUGUCGUAUUCAGUGUUUUUCUUAUCAUAAUGCUCAGAUUCUGAGGACUUUGAAUGAAAGACAUUAUGCUGUGGAUAGUAUGUUUAUCAUAAAACAGUGCAUUUCAAUAGGCAGUUUGUAACUUAAUAUUGUUGAGUAAUUUUUGGAAAGAAUUAUUGUGAAAAAUUCAGCAUAAUUUGAAUCUUAUCGGUAUAAUACUAAGCUGUAUUUGGUUUCCGCUUUGUAUAUAACAUUGAUGUUCAAUUUAUCGUUGUAUAAACAGUAUCGCUUUAUGUUUGUUGAUGAUAUUCAUAUUUUAAAGCAGAUUAAAUUGUUAUUUUUAUCGAGAA